CUUCCCAUUUUCUCUCUCCUCUGUUUCUCUCUCUACAUCGCUAAGCUUUCCUUCCUUAACAUUUCUCUCUCCACUCACUUCUAUAAUUUUCUUGGGCUGCCGGAAAGUAUAAUCUUCUCGCUUCGCAGAAAAGAAAAUUCUCUCUCUAGGGUUUUCUCUCUCACUUUCCCUGCAAGCAAACACCUCAGCAAAGCAAGAAAAAGCCAUGCCAUAUCAAGCCUCUCAGAUCUAUCACCUCUCUCACUAGGUUUCUCUCUCUUUCUCUCUCUUCGGUUCAGUCGAUCUGAGCUUCUGCCUUUUCUCUGUUCCUCAACUAUUCGAAUUUUGUGUUUGAGUUUGCGAAAAUGUCUUCCAUGCGCGUAGAUCUGACCUCUAGGGUUUACCCGGAGCCGGACGCCAUGGAAAUCGACCACUUCGAUCGGCUCCCGGACUCUCUGCUCCUCCUCGUUUUCAACAAGAUCGGCGACGUCAAGGCGCUUGGCCGCUGCUGCGUUGUCUCGCGUAGAUUCCACGCGCUCGUCCCUCAGGUCGAGAACGUCGUCGUCCGUGUCGACUGCGUCAUCUCCGACGACGACUCAGCCUCCUCUUCCUCCUCCUCCGACAAGUCCCGCGGUUCCUUCUCCAAUCUAUUCCGGUUAGUAGUCGGCGGCAUUGUCAAGCCUCUCCAAGCCCUUGGCCAGUUUCUAACUCCGAAAAGAGGCUCCUCUUCGUUUUCGUCGUCUUCUUCUUCUUCUUCCUCGUCUUCUUCUGGUUUCGGCGGCGGUUUCGGCUCGUCGUCGCUUGCCGUCGGGAGCGAGGCCGACGGUGAGUUUGAUCAGGGAGGCGUGACUCACCACUCGCCGACGCAGGUCUUGAAGAACUUUAACGAGAUUCGAUUCCUUAGGAUCGAGCUUCCCAGCGGCGAAUUGGGGAUAGACGAUGGUGUUUUGUUGAAAUGGAGAGCCGAUUUCGGCUCCACUCUCGACAAUUGCUUGAUUCUCGGCGCCUCCUCGGUAGUUUACCCCGGGCCACCGGCGAAAUUGUCAUCAAUUGAGCAGAGCAAUGGCGCGGAAGCGUUCUGUUACGCCAACGGCAAUGUCGGCGGCGGCGAGGACAAUGGGAGCAUCCCUGAUUCGUUCUACACAAAUGGAGGUCUGAAAUUGAGAGUGGUUUGGACGAUUAGCUCGCUGAUUGCAGCCUCGGCAAGGCAUUAUCUGCUCCAGCCAAUAAUCUCCGAGCACAAGACGUUGGACAAUUUGGUCCUGACCGACGCGGAUGGGCAGGGGGUACUUUGCAUGAACAGGGAUCAGCUUGAGGAGUUGAGGGUGAAGCCGUUGUCCGCGUCUUCAGCGUCGAAGAGGACGCUCGUGCCCGCUCUCAACAUGAGGCUCUGGUACGCUCCUCACUUGGAGUUGCCGGACGGCGUCGUUUUGAAGGGCGCGACGUUGGUUGCGAUUCGGCCCAGCGAGCAGUCGGCGGCGAAGAAGGAGGUCUCCGAUGGGUCUUGGGUUUCGACGGCGUUCGAAGAGCCCUUUGGGACUGCUGCGAAGAUGCUGGUGAAGAGGCGUACGUACUGCCUGGAGAUGAACUCCUUCUGAUGUGAGGAAAUCGUGUAAUCUUUGAGGCAAUGCACAAUUCCUUGGAAGGAGAAGAGGGGAUAAGGGGCGUGAUUUCUGAAACGGGAGAAGGGAGAAACCGCAGAACAAUUUUGUCUUUGUGCCACGUGAAGAUAAAAUGUUGAUUGGGACUGCCCUGGAAGAAGGUAGCUCCUGUUGAUUGUGCGCUGCAAAAAUUGUUGGCCAUUAGUUGCUUGAACAGAGGGAUAGAGAGAGAGUUGGAAAUCAUGAAAUGCAUCUGCUGGUUGUUUUUAUUUCAGGCAUAUGCUUGUAAGAGUUCACACUUCAUAAUACACUCCGCUAGGUUGAUCUUUGUAAGAGCUUGAAGUUUGUAGUCACCUACUUCUAUCUAUUAUAAAAUUCUCUUGUAUGUGAAAUAUUAAUUGUAGGUAUGACUAUGCUAUGCUUAUGUGAUAUAUGUUAAGUUCAUUUCAACAGUGGAGUUGGCAAAUGCAUGAAGCUUCAUUUGGUAUCCU